AUUCCUUCCCUGCUCAUCAUACAGGAUCAACCCUAACAAUAUACCAGGAACAUGGAGCUGCACCUCUGGCUUUUACUCAUUGCUGGAUCCAUGGCAGAUCAAAACAUGAGAGACAAUGUCUUCCUCUUCCCCAGUCAGUCUGCUUCUGAUUAUGUGCUUCUGACACCAAAGAUGACUGGGCCUUUACAAAAACUCACCGUUUGCUUGAGGAGCAACACAGACAGAGGAGGCUCUGCUCUUUUUACUGUGGGCACCCCUGAGUCACGGAUCCGCAAUAUUUUUAGCAUUUUACCAUUCACUAUGGCCAACCCAUAUUUUUAUUGCAAAAUCUACAUAAACAAUACAGAUGUAACCAUAAAUGCAAAGGCAGAUGUUCUGAGCUGGAUUCACAUGUGUGUGACCUGGGACUCUAACACUGGAGUUGUAGAGCUUUGGGUUAACGGAAGAGCGUUCAUUCGCAGGGUGCUGCAGAAAGGCUUUUCUAUUGAUCUCCAGGAAGGUAUUGCCCUGGGACAGAUGCGGAGAAAUUCUAGAAGGGAAUGGGAAACUGCACUUCCCUUUCAAGGGGAAAUAACUGAUGUCAAUAUGUGGAACAGUGUUUUGUCUCCAGGGUACAUAAAGCAGGUUCAGCAGCAUCAUAAUAUGAUUGGGAAUGUCAUUAGCUGGUGGUCUCUGAACUACACUAUUAAAGGCAAUGUCAUUGUGCAACCCAAAUCCAUUUGGAAAUAAAUCACUGCUACUGCAGAAUUACAGUUAAACGAUGCCAACUGAAAUAUGUGCACCUAUGUUUAGCAUGAGCUCAAAAAAUAUGGGAAAAACCCACUUUGGGGGAAAAAAAAAUGAAUGUUAUUAAAUGGUAUUACUUGCAUUUCAGCAUUAGUUAUACUGUGCACACAUUUAAUCAUCUGACAUGUUAUAUGACAAUAUUAAAUAUAUAGUAGAAACUGUUAGAAGAACCACUUACCAAUAAAAAUCAUGACAUCACAA